CACAUUGACGCCUCCAGGUUGUUGUUGUUCCUGUCUGUUCUCUAAACUUAAGUGGCGAGAGUGGAGUGGUUCGAGGCGCCAGUGUAAUUCGAUUCGAUUCCGGACAUCAACAGGUGCGGCGCCGGAAAUGGGAGAAGUGAAGGAUUGGCGGCCUUUCGUUUAUGGCGGUGUUGCCUCAAUCACAGCAGAAUUUGGCACCUUUCCUAUCGACACUACAAAGACGCGCCUCCAAAUCCAAGGUCAGAAAAUCGACCAAACAUUCUCCCAGCUGCGAUAUCGCGGCAUGACUGAUGCCUUUGUGAAAAUAUCCCGGGAGGAGGGACUCAGGGCCCUGUAUUCCGGCAUUUGGCCAGCGGUGUUAAGGCAGGCGACCUAUGGCACUAUAAAGUUCGGAACCUACUACACUUUAAAGAAAUUGGCCAACGAACGCGGAUUACUGACGAAUGAGGACGGCAGCGAGAGGGUAUGGAGCAACGUACUAUGCGCGGCAGCGGCUGGAGCUAUCUCCUCGGCGAUCGCCAAUCCCACGGACGUGCUAAAGGUGAGGAUGCAGGUGCACGGAAAGGGUCAACACAAGGGGCUGAUGGGAUGCUUCGGUGAGAUAUACAAAUACGAAGGAAUUCGAGGACUCUGGCGGGGUGUUGGCCCGACGGCUCAGCGCGCCGUGGUUAUCGCCUCUGUGGAGCUGCCAGUCUAUGACUUUUGCAAGCUGCAGCUGAUGAAUGCUUUUGGUGAUCACGUGGCCAAUCAUUUCAUCUCGAGUUUUAUUGCUAGCCUAGGCAGUGCCAUUGCUUCAACCCCUAUCGAUGUUAUCCGGACCCGCCUGAUGAACCAGCGGCACGUCAGCGUAACUAUGAACGGAGUAGUCACAGCUGCUGCGACACCAAAGCUGUAUAGCGGGAGCCUUGACUGCGCCGUGCAGACAAUCAGAAACGAAGGACUCCCCGCACUGUACAAAGGAUUUAUUCCCACCUGGGUUAGGAUGGGACCAUGGAACAUCAUAUUUUUUAUUACCUAUGAACAACUUAAGAAGUACUAGCGCAACAGAGUGGAACAUCCAGGGAUUCUAAGUACAAGACGUAUUCUAGCAUUCAAACCAAAAAGAUAAGAUCUGCUGCCAGACCUGGCUCUACUUUAAGGUCAUAGAUGAAACGGAGGGGUCACUAAAGUGCCUGUCCCACAUUGGCUAUUCGAUAGCCUCCAACACCUGAUCCAGUGUCAUUUUGCCCUAGGCAAGAGUGAAAACUAUCUGUCGCAUUUCAAAUGUUGGCGUAUUUAAAAGUAUUUGCAUUUUUGGCGCAUUUUUUUCACCAAAGUCUAUAGGCCCCCACGAAGUACACUGUAUUUACCAUAACUAAACUUUUAAUUUAAUUAAUUAGUAAACAUGAAUAUAUUUAUAAUGUAAAUGUCAAUUAUAAGUGCAUUUUUUUGUUCGAAGGUUAGACAUUUUCGAUCGUAAUACAUGUGCAUCAUCGCUGUAAAUAUAUGCAUUUAGUACAAUACGUUCAGUUUUACUAAAUCAUAAUGUACAAUUAUGGAAAUUUACUCAAUAAAAUGUUUGUUGGAAAUCUCAA